GGACCGGUGAGGUCGAAGAGGGUUGCCGAGCAUGCGCGGAACGACCGUUUCUAUCAGAUACUAUGAGCGGUGGUGUUUACGGUGGAGACGAGGUCGGUGCUAUCAUUUUCGACGUUGGACAUCAGAGUCUUCGCGUUGGUUAUGGCGGUGAAGAUACCCCAAAGGCCGAAAUUCCGACCACCCUCGGGAUAUGGGAGGACACUAUCGAAACGCCGGACGGUACUCAAACCGUCAGGAAACACUACAACAUCGACGUCACGGCCAUUCAAGUGCGAAAGAAGGGUACGCCUGACUCUCUGAUCGUAAUAGAUACAAAGUUAUAUGCUAAUUGUCACAUGUUCGCCGGUUCCUUCCUUUACCUCGGGCAAAAAGACCUACGAUCCUACGAGCAACAUGUAAAAUCUAUCCGAUCCGUCGUAAAUUUUCCCCCAAGUGUACAGACCGCGGGUCGAACAAGACGAAACUACUCUUUAUAA